AUGCAAAUUUCAGUGUUACCCGGCCGUAAGCCCAGAGACCCAACUCCCAAGGAGACCCACCCAGUGUGUGUGUGUGUGUGUGUAUGUAUAGUAUAUAGUUGGGUGUGGCUUCCGGGUAACCCCCGUCAGAAAUGUAAAAGUCAGUGGGCAGAAGACCCCUUCGUACAUCUUAUUCAGACACGAAAAAUGGCCGACGAAGAAUACAACCGUUCGGCUUCCCCUGAACAGACCUACGAGAGACGAAGUGUGUCUCCCCGUCGUGAUGACGACGAGGCUGGUGCCCCUGUUGAGCACACCCACGACGACCGAGAGCUCGACGACCGAGACCACAGCAUGCGAGACCGAGACGACCUCGACCGUCGAGAUGACCGGGACGACGAAAACAGAGACCACCGAGACGAUCUCGACCGACGGGACGACCGGGACGACCUUGACCGUCGAGACGACCGACGUGACUUUGACAGAGACGACAGAGACCUGGACCGACGGUCAAAGGAGCCCCUGAAUGACGACGACGAUGUUGACGCCCAGAACGAGGGCACCAAUCUCUUCGUCACUGGCGUGUCCCGAUACGUCAAUGAGACCGAGCUUGAGGACCUGUUCAAGCCUUUUGGCGAGGUUCUCAAGUGCCAGAUCAUGAUGGACCCCCACUCUGGCGAGUCCCGAGGCUUUGGUUUCGUCAUGAUGGCCGACGUUACCGGCGCCGACGAGGCUCUGGCCAAACUUAACGGCCAUGAGCUUGCUGGCAAGACUCUUGCCAUUGAGAAGGCCAAGCGAAAGCGAGCCCGAACCCCCACCCCCGGUCGAUACUUUGGACCUCCCAAGGCCCGACGAGGUGGCCGAGGUGGAGGACGAUACGGAGACGAUCGAUACUCCCGAGACCGAUACGACUACCGACGACCUCCCCCCUCUCGAUACGACGACCGUCGAUACGAAGAGGACUACUACCGACGACCCCCUCCUCCCCGGUAUGAUGACCGAGACCGAUUCCCCGGUAGCGGCGCCCCUGGUGGCGGUGCUGGAUACCGAGGAGAGCGAGGUGGCUACGGUGGUGGCCGGUACGAUGAUCGGGAUCGAGAGCGAUACCCUCCUUCCCGAGAUUACCGAGGACCCCCACCUCGAGACUCCCGAGACAUGCGAGAGCCCCGGGACUCCUACCGAGAUCGAAGCGAGCGAGGAGGAGACCGGUACAGCCGACCUCCCCCACGAGAGCGGGAGUUCCGAGGUGAGUACGGAGCCGGAGACGACUACCGAUCUUAA